GAGCCGGGCGGCGGAGCUGCUGCGGGGCGAUCGCGCGGGGCUGCGGGCCGCGUCAUGGACUGUUGUCUCCAGCCCAAGUUCCAGCCUCACUGAGCCAUCCACCCCUAGCUUCUGGCCAAGGAAGCCCUUCCAAGCACUGACCAUGUCUAUUAUGGACCACAGUCCCACCACGGGGGUGGUCACGGUCAUCGUCAUCCUCAUCGCGAUUGCCGCCUUAGGGGCGUUGAUCCUGGGCUGCUGGUGCUACCUGAGGCUCCAGCGCAUCAGCCAGUCAGAGGAUGAGGAGAGCAUCGUGGGCGAUGGCGAGACCAAGGAGCCCUUCCUGUUGGUGCAGUACUCGGCUAAGGGACCGUGUGUGGAGAGAAAGGCCAAACUGAUGACCGCCAAUGGCCCGGAAGUGCACGGCUGAUUGGGGCUUGCAAAGCCCCGGGUCCUGUUGGCAGCCAGCCCAGAGGCACUGGGAGGGCCGAAGCAGGCAUGCCGCUGUGUGAGAGGAAGGGUUGGCACUUGCUGGCAUGGCCUCUGCGGGCUUCGUCAUCGCAUGCGCUGCUCCGGGUCCCGGCUGUCCUGGCCUAUCCCCCUUGGCCUCCUGGUGGGGCUGCCCAUUGCAGGCAGUGGGCAGGCCUGACCUUGCUGGGGCUCGUGGUCCCCUAGCGCUUUUGUUACUUGAAUGUUUAGCUGAGCCUGUUCUGGACGGAGGGAGCUACUACUGUAACGUGUGAACUAACCAACCUGUGAACUGUAAAUAGGCCCCGGAAGCACGUGCUUUAAGCCUUUUUGCUGAUUUUGUAAAGUACCAUGUAGAGCCUGUAGGACUGGUUCCAUAACGACCGUCUUCAAGAGCUGAAGCAAAGCCACGGAGGGUCUUUGACUAGUCCAGCCUGGGUUGUUCCUCGUAGGGGGUCGGGGUCCCUAAGGUCUGUCGGUGUGUACUGAAAGGAAGAGAGGUCGGUUCUGCGUUCUCACGCCUGACCAGCCGGGGGGAUUUCUACUUGGUUUAUGAUGGGUGAAGCAGCAUCCCCUCCCUUUCUCUCGUUUAGGCUUUGUGAAAUAGCGCACGCCAAUGGCAGUUACUGCGAGGAAGCUACGGUACCUGUUCGCGAGCCAGUGAAGGACGAGUCCUGAGAGCUGCCAGGUGUCAGUAGCAGAGCAGUUUCUUGCCCUUUUAGUCUUUUGAGCAUGCCCAGUAUGCCCCUUUAGCACAGGCUUUGCUGAAAUUGCUCUGGUCCCUGGCCACACUAGAGCCUAUGGUGACCAUCCCUCUGACACCCCCUUGGCCCAGGAUAGGAAGCAAAAGGUCCUGUUGUUGCAUUCAGUAUUUUCUGCACUGGAGCGUCGGGGAAGGGCAUCGCUUUUCCUCCUCUCCCCACGAGAGCCAGCGUCUCUUCCUUUUUCCUCUCCCAUAACUGCCCACCGGCCAGUAGCACGGUUCACUUUCCUCCUGGGGACUCAGUAUACUUAAGUCCUCUGGCCUGGCUUGUUGGGAAGUCAUUUCUAGUGCAGACAUGUGCAUUUAUUCACACAGGAGCUCCCCACCUCACGCUCUCUGCCAGCUAGGCCUGGGACGGGGGGGGGGGGGGGGGGGCUCACGUCCAGGUUGGCUCUCACAAGCGAGGGAUUGGCCGCUCUCAGGGGACCCCACACUUCCGCAGCAUGCGUCGGCCCUUGUGUUUGUGCCUGUGAGCUCGCUUAGAUGUCCCAUUCCACCACUGUACGUGCAGCCUAUUCCAACUGACCACAACGUGACUGUGGGCUUCCUGGGUGAUGAGUGGGCAGCUGGCCCUGGCUUAGCCUUCAUGCUUGAGCCUCCUGUGAGCAGCACAGAGCUCUGGCUUCUGGGCUAGGAUCUAGGCAUUCCUUUAAAAAAGCAUGUCUACCUAAUCCAUUUUCUAGAACCUCAAUGGCAGAGCUGCAGGGAACACUCUUUUUUAGCGGCAUAUGCCUACGUGGGGGCUCAGACAUCAAGGAACAGCUUGGGGUGAGAAGGGUAGCUAAUGAGGCCAUCUGCAGCGCAGGUGGUGGGCCAUAUUCCUCCAAUGGAAUAGUCAGGCCAGGGGAGACAUGGCAAGGGACAGGCUGGACCCUGGCAGGCUGAGGUGGGGAGGAUAGAGCAGUGAUCCAAGCCAGGCCUAGAAGAGGAGCGAGCUGAGACUGGGGGAUGCCCUGGAGUUAGGAGGCUGAGGUGUUGGACCCACCACCAUCCCGUUUCUGACCUCCUGGGUUUUCUACCUCUACCUGCCCUGCCAGCCACACACCCACUGGCCUCUUGUCCUCCAGCCUCCGUGCCCAGCAAUCCCGGAGUGGCUGGGAUUUCCAUUGCAAGCUGUGGCUUUUACUGGGCUAGUGAAGUUUCGCUUUUGACCUGGCCAAACAUUGCUGACUUCCGCAUCCCCUCCCCAGUGGCUCGGGCCAUCUUUGGAGCUUGAGUUAGGCUCACUGGAGUGGAGUGAAGUUCUGGGUGGGAGUCAGGUGCUUAAGGACACUGGCGGAGUUCUCGGGAGGAAAAGCGGAAACGCCUAUAGAACUAGUGGGAGACCACACAGUGAAUGGCUCCCUCAGUUCUUACUUAUCCAUGGCUACUCUAGCAGAUACCAGACCCAUUCCAGUGGCUUAGAAAGUUAUGACCCCUCUUGGAAUUCUUUCUUGUGAAUAGCUCAACUAUUGUGGUCAGGUUUUGUAACUUGUAAGAAAUUAGCCUUUCAUCAUUUAGACACAGAAGCUGUAACAGGAGGGGACAGAGGAGGAAACUACACUGAGCCGCUAAAACAUGGACUGAUUUCUUCAAGGCAGAUCUUCAAAUGGACUGUGCUACUGUUUUGGUCUCAAAGCUACCAAAUUUGUGCAAUAAGUGGAAGGGGAUGGCAUCCCUGCUCAAUAAAAGCUGAAUGACAGUCAAGCAGUUUUUCUAGACCACUGAGAAAUCUUUAUUUACAAUAAAUUUCAAUAAAAUUUGCAUAAAUAUA